CUGAAAAUACCCCUUCCUUUCUCAGUCCCAUUAGCUCAUCGACUCAUUGGAUCCCCAGCAUCCCUGUUCAUUCUGCUGCCACCUCCCUGCACUCACAGCUCUUUUGCCCCACCAUCCCUCCAUCAUCCCAACCCAUUUCCCAUAGCAAGCAGCUGCAGGGUUGGUUUGCACCGAGUCCCAUCCCAGCUGCACUGCAGGCUCCAGCCUGCUCCCUACAUCACCAUCAGUUCUUCGCAUGCACCAGAAUAAAGCUGCAGUUAUUUUCCUAUGGAGCCAUUGCACAAGGGAGACGGAGUGUGGCCAUGGGAUUCCCACGUGUGGCUCCCUCAGCCCUAACUCACCCCAUGGUUUUGUUUUCCUUUAACACCAGGGGCUGUUUUUUCUCCCUCCCAGUCUCAGCUGUCAGCUGGCCAUACCGGAGUGCUGCCAGAAAUGCUGCAGUGUCAGCUGAUGGUCCAAAUGUCCGCAGGCUCCCCCUGCUCCUUCAUUUCCCAUCCUCGAGCGACACCGAGCAGCAGUGAGACCCCAGAGCCAGCAGCCAGGACAGCAGACACCACACCAAGGAGCUGCACGGGACGACAGUGCAGCAGGGAAUGACCCACACUGCGACGUCCCCGCGCUGCUGACCCACAGCCUCCAGCACGCAGCAUGGUGGGGCAGAGCGAGGGCAGGAGGGCAGUGCUCCUGGAGCCCUUCGUGCACCAGGUGGGCGGCCACAUGAGCAUGAUGAAGUACGAUGAGCACACGGUCUGCAAACCCCUGGUCAUGCAGGAACGGAGCUUCUACGAGUCACUGCCCCUGGCCAUGAAGCAGUUCACCCCUCAGUAUAAAGGAGUCAUUUCUGUGCACCUCAAGAAGGACAGCUUGGGCAACCUGACCCUGCUGGCCAGUCCCAGCCUACAGCACGAGGGCUGCGGCCGCGUGGACAACACCAGCAGUGACAUAUGGCACAAAUACAAGUGGGCUGCCAGCACCAGCAGCGGCACUGAGCUCGUCAAGAGGUGCCACACGCAGCUCACCAAGACCUUCAAGGACAGCUGCCCAGGCAAGAUGCGACUGAGGACAGAGCUUCAGUAUUGCACAGAUUCACUUCUGGAAGAUGCAAACAGAAACCAGACAGAAAAAAACAGCUCUAACCCCUGGGGACUGCACUGCCACAGACAGCACCUGAACCGCAUGUCCUCCAAGUACAACGAGAACAAACUGCACCAGUUUCUAUUGCUUGAGAACGUGGUGUCGAAAUACAACUACCCCUGUAUCCUGGACUUAAAGAUGGGAACCCGGCAGCACGGGGACGAUGCCUCGGAGGAGAAGAAAGCACGGCACAUCAAGAAGUGUGAGCAAAGCACCUCUGCAUCGCUGGGCGUCCGUGUCUGUGGGAUGCAGGUUUACCAAGCGGAUGCCGGCCAUUUUCUCUGCAAGGACAAAUAUUAUGGGAGGAAACUUUCACCCGAGGGAUUCAGGCAAACCCUGCAGCAGUUCCUGUGCAAUGGUAACCACCUCAGAACGGAUGUCCUGGAGCCCAUCAUCCUGAAGCUGAAAGCUCUGCUCUCCGUCAUUAAGAAGCAAAGCUCUUACAGGUUCUACUCCAGCUCACUUCUCAUCAUUUACGAUGGACUGGAGCCCAAGGAGAGCACGGCAGCUCUGGAUAACCACCUGCAGGGGCACUUCCAAAGAACAAACUGCACCACGUCGCACUCCAGAGUCGACGUCCGCAUGAUAGACUUUGCCCACACCACUUUUAAAGGCUCCAAAUGCAAUCACACCACUUACGACGGGCCGGACCACGGCUAUAUUUUCGGCUUAGAGAACCUCAUCAAAAUCCUUCAGAACAUUUCAGAAGGAAAAUGACCCGUCCUGUGUGUUGGCCUGGCUUUGCUCGUGAUCGAUACCCCCGAGAAGCACCGCAUGGGGCCCGUGGGACCCACCCAGCUGCAGAACAUCACGUGCAUGGUUUGGAAUGAGAGCACAGACAGCUCGCUAGGAAAGUGCAAGAGCUGCUCCAUGCCAUUACUGAACUCAACCAUAAAAAGCAAAGAGCUGAAAGAAUCCGUUUUGGCUGCAAUCAAUCAGAAGAUUUAUUUUCCUUUCUUGUUUUACUGCUGUCCUUGAUUUAUUUGUAAGCCAAAAGAAAGCAUUACUUGAAAGAGUCUUAAUGAUAAAAUAGGACCUGCUCACCUCCGCCACGCUCACAAAGCCGAGCGAGCUGAGAAGAUAUUGUGCAUUUAAGUGAGACUAUUAAAAUGAGCUGGCAGGUCUUAACAGAUUGCAGCAUUACUUUCAACUCAUGCUCAGCGCUACAGGCUCAACACAGAGACAGAAGUGGAAGAAAAACGCACGCCCUGACAUUCACGCUCCACCUGCACAGAGCUGUUCUUGCAAGCGUUUCCCCACGCAGGUGCUUUGUUAAAGCACAGACAUGGCAGAUGCUGCAGAGCUCCUGGUUCUGUACUGCUGGAGGUGUAUGAGCAUGUAGAUCUCAGACCAAACAAUGGACCUUGCAAAGGUUUAAUCCCCCCUGUGGGACGUAACAGACUGACAGCAGUCAGAGAGACAUUCACAUCAAGGUAUUUAUGCUUCGGAUUAAAGAGAAUAAAACAUGUCAGGGACUGGAUAUUAAAGGUCACCUCAAAGUUCUUUGGUACAAAUAUAAUGUGUGUCUUUGGAGGAAAGUGUCACAGAAAAAAAGCCACCCACCUGAUUCAAUGUUUACAGCUUUUGUUGACAGACUUUAUUAUGGAACAAACAUAAUUCCUUCCUGCACGGUGUGGGAAGCUUGGAAGGGAAGUCCCUACACAAGGGACAGGGGUACAGAACCCAGUUACUGGGAGCGGGGAUACAAAUAAAGUUGUCUCAGCAACUCUCA